AUCCGGAUAAUCGCAUUACUUAAUGACUAGUUCCUAUCACUGAGAAAAUAAUAUUUCCUGUUUUCGUUACAAACGUACAAGAAGUAAAAUAUUUUGGUAAUUACCAAAAGAGUGUCAAUCGAGACAUUACAAAAAAAAAUAAAAAUUUGAGAAAGUGAAAUAGGUAUAUGAAGAAAUAUAAAUUAUUUUUUUUACCACGCAACUAAAAAAUCUUAAAUAAACUAGCAGAAUUGAAUGCUGUGAAUGACAAAUUUUGUUAAACAACGCGGAUAAAAAUUAUUCUCUCAUGUUUAGCAGCAAAAAGCAAUUAAUAAAACGUACUGGCAAAAACCCUGUCGGUCGUUAUGAUUUCUUAAAACUUUUAGCUACAGAAUUUCAAACUACCAAAUCUAAAGAAGCGAGAGAACAAGUUUUAGCAAAUCUUGCUAAUUUUGCUUACGAUCCUAUCAAUUAUGGAUACAUAAGACAGCUACAAAUAAUUGAUUUGUUUCUUCACACUUUGUCAGAAAACAAUAUAAAGUUAGUACGUUUUGCGGCGGCAGCUAUAUGUAAUCUAUGUGCUGAUCCGAUAAAUAAAUUAUAUAUUUUACGCAACCAAGGCAUCCACCUAUUAACAUCACUACUCUCCUCACAAGAUGAGGAUACAGUACUAUCAGCAAUUACUAGUUUAAUAUUUCUACUUAUCCCUGACUAUAAGAAUGAAGUAACAGCUGAAUUAAUUGAAAAAAUAUCUGGUCUUUCAAAUUGUGAAAAUAAUCGUAUUAAAAACUUAAUAACGAUAUUUCUAAAUGACUGCACUGAUGUAAAGGAUAAAAUUGAAAAUUCUAAGAACUAUGCCAUAAUUUACUUUAGAAGUAAAAUGAAGUCUUCAAAACCAUUUUUUAAAAUGUUAAAAACAUAUGUGCAAAGAUAUUGCACUGGGCCUCCGAAAGUUGGAGAUGAAAUAUCUAUUUUUAAAAAAAUUACAAAAGAUGAUAUAUUAAAUUUUGCUAAAUUAACUGGCGAUUAUAAUCCAAUACAUUUUGAGGCAUCAAAUAACCUUGUUCAUGGUGCUCUACUUAAUGGUUUAGUAUCAGGAGUAAUUGGUACAAAAAUGCCAGGUCCAGGGACCGUGGUAAUUGGUCAAAGUUUCACAUUUCCAGCACCAUGUUAUGCUGGAGAUACAAUAGAAAUAAAAGUACAAAUUAUUUCUGCAAGGAAAAUUAUGAAAUGUGAAUAUAUUUGUAUUGCAAAUGAAAAAAAAAUAGUUUUAAAAGGAAAUGCAACAUUCAUCAAACGAUCAUUAAAUGUCAAAGCAUAAUACAAAUUAUUGUUACAUAUAUUUAUUUGUAUUUUAAAAUUAUAUUCAUAUUAAAAUAAUAAAACAAGUUUUUUUUACACAUA